AUGAGCAGCUCCACUUUUCAUGUCGAUAGCACAUCAGUCGUGCUGAUCGGCCUGUUAGCUGUGUUGCUAUUGUAUGCCAAGUUCCAUCGACAGUACAAUCAGCCGCUUCUGCAUCCACUCAUUCUGCAGCGACAGUCAGAUGCGUCGACAGUGCGUAUGCCCAAAGAGUCACCGUCGUAUCGAAAUGUGAAUGCGCCGCUAGGACUUGAUUUGGCCAUGCGCCCACAUCGUAAUGCGCCCACAAUUGCGACGAUGCUUGCUCGCGGUGUGGAAGAAGGUACUUCUGCGUUGACCCGCCGCGUCUUGGAUGCAUCAUUGAGUAAUGAAGAAAUCCGCACGCAGGCAGCUUUGUUCUUGAGUGGCGUGCAAGUCAUGCUGCAGACAGAUAGGCCCACGAUCGUUGUGUGUGGCUUUAUCAACUCGUCGCGCUCGUUGACAGCGCUCUUGGCUUCUGCAUUGGUGGGCAGUCAAAGCAACUAUGGUGGUGGCACACAAACAUACGUAGUACCACCAGGAGAGCCCCCAUCGUCAAUGCCGUCGGACGUCAAUCUCAGCAAGACUGCCGUCGUUUGCUUGGAUGCACCGUUGCUUCCUAUGCUUACACGUGCAGGAUUGGUGAUUGCGAACGAGAACUCCGACUUGCACGGCACCAAGUGUGUCGGAUGGGACGACGUGCUGGGCCAAGCAACAGUGGAUCAGGCCCCGCCCGUCCUAGACACGACACGUCUAUCCAACGCGGAGCUGGACCGCCUGGGGACAAGUGUGUUUGCCAGUUUUUGGGAUGCACGGAAUGCAUGGGUCCAGGUGACAGAGACGUCCAUGACGUCGGGGGUCACAGCGUGGUUGAGCCAGUUCCCUGUCGAUGCGAUUCCACAGAAGGGCGACGUCAUGUUGACGGACCUCAUGUACGCACGCGCGGUGCCGGCACCCGUGUAUGUGACGCUGCUGCUCGCUGGCCUGUACACGGGAGCGGGACUUGCUAUGGAGCCGUCGGUGGACCUUGUUUCUACGAUCAAGACACUACACCCAACGCUGCUGUACGUGGGCACGUCCGGCGCUCAGUACCUGGAACAGAGUGUGUGGAUGCCGAGUGUGGGCUCGUUGCUCUGGCCCCUAAUGCGUCGGAUGAACAUGGACUUGAUUCGGAACGGCAUUUUUCCGAAAGACAAGCUCCUCGACAAACUUGUUUGCAAACGCGUGCGUGACACGCUCGGUAUGGACCAAGUGCGAGCAACCAUAGUUGCUGGCGACGGUAGUGCGGCUGAGCAGUCGCUGGUCGACUCCCUGCGCCUUUAUCUGGGCGUGCCUGUGAUGCAUUCGUACGUGCCGCAGCGGAUGGAGUGCCAUCACCAGCCUAGUCUCGUAACAGCGCCCGUGUGCACGUCGAACCUGUAUGACUUGCAGGCAUUUGCCCCACAGCUCGUGCAUGAUGACUCGGCUCGCUGCCUCCCAGCACAUGUGGGACCGCCGUCUGUGUCAUUGGAAAUCAAGCUGGUCGACGACACGCCAGCCGUUCGUGCGCACUCGAGUGUGAUCCAGCGCCUGCGUGAGGAUGGCAACCAUGAUGACCCCAUUGGAGAGGUGUACGUGCGUGGAUAUACUGUCUCGCAGACAGGACACGACGAUACGACCAUCUCACCGUGGCAUGCGACAGGCGACGUUGCACUCGUGCGCACAAACGGUACCUUUGUCGUGAUAGCGCCGCAUGGUGCCAAAGAAGCAGGUGUGAUGCCAAAUACCAUGACAAGUACAGAAGCAAGCAAUUUGCUGGCUCAGCGCUUCAGGGACAACGCGAGCAGCGGCAUGCCACCUAGGCGCACGUCAGGAGCACGAAUCGCCUCAAGCGCACCCGCCAUGUUGGCCAUGCUGCUCUUCCUCGUUGGCUGCGUUGAUGCGCGCCAUAUGAUGAUCAUGGCGCCGUUGCACCAUGAGCCACGCAUGCAUAUGCUAAGCCGCCGAGCGAAGGAUGACACAGAUCCCAAAACAAAUACGACGAUGGUAAAUUUGGCAUUCCAGGGUAUUAUGGCCAUGCAACGUGCGUCAUGGGAACACGGAGUUUUGCAAUCUGCCAUGAUUGAAUACUCGUAUCCGCAAUGGUCUAUGUUCAAGCGUUCGGACCAUGGCGAUCUGUUUCCACCAGCCAAGUCAGUGCCGUCCGAUCAGGUGCCGAACGACCUCAUUAAGCUGGCGCAGUCGAGUGUGGAUGGCCAGGACCGGCAAGGUCGCCUGGCUACCGUGAUUACCGGUGACGAAGAUAUGGGUCAGGGUGCGUCGAUGGACUCGGCCAGCUGCGGAGAAGGUGUCCUGCUGGCAGCGUGGGUGUAUGAAGGGUUUCCGAAUCAAGCGCCAGAUCCACAUGGGUACUACGGACCGGCUGCUGCGAAGCAGCUGCGGUACCUGCUGAAAAACGUGUCGCGCACACCGACAGGCGCCAUCAGCCAGCGAGCCUCACCGAAGCAGGUCCAAUUGUGGUCUGAUUCCGCCUACAUGGGCCCACCGUUCCUUGCCUAUUACGGCUGGGUCACGCAGAAUCAAUCACUCGUCCAGAUGGCAUUCGACGAGCUGAAGCUGCAACGAUCGGCUCUGCACCGACCACAGGACCCAGGGAGGCAUCUGUGGCGCCACAUCAUCGAAUUUCCAAACCACACAAAGGCGACACGUGCAAUCGAUGCACGUGUAUGGCUCACAGGGAAUGGUUGGGCCGCUGCAGGGAUGCUGCGAGUUGCUGCGAUCAUCUCACACAGCCCCUGGGCCGACAAGAUGCAGGCGCAGCACGACCAACUGGUGCAGUGGGCCGACGACAUCAUUACAGCCGCGUACCAAUUCGUUGAUCCGGGAACGGGCCUCUUGCUAAAUGCGAUUGAUGAUCCCAGCACGUUCCUCGAUGGAUCAGGCUCCGCACUGCUCUCGUACGCAGUGUUUCGGCUUGCUAGCAUGGACCAGGGUCGAAAGAAGCAUGUCGAUAUGGCGGAAAAGGCAUAUCAAACUCUGUCCAAGUCGCUCAACAGCCUCAGUCAAUUUACGAAUGGGAUUCAGACUGUGAAUGAGAUGCAAUCAAACGAAGCUGGCGCCACAUCAACGGAGAGUCUAGCGUUUCUGAUUUUGAUGGCUGCCGCCCGUCGCGACUAUCACGCCAACAAUGUGACAGGCUCAACCGGUCCCUUGAAUGUUUCGGACAAAUCAUCAAGCGCAUGGCCGUCUCAUGACUUGCCAAGUAUAUCAUGGUUCUCGGCCGCCAUCCUAACGCUGAUUGGCUUAGUCAAUGCACUGAGUAUCUAG